AUGGCCCCAGGAUUGGUCGAAACAGCGAGCCAGACGUCGCAGAAACUACCCAUUGAGAAGUGGGUGCGACCAGAGCCCACCAAAGAGAAUCUAGAAUGGGCGCCACUUUCUACGAUUGAUCUUUCUCGUUUCGAUGAGCCAGGGGGCAAACAGGAGCUUGCGAAGCAGCUCUAUGAUGCAGUCACACGAGUAGGCUUUUGGGUGGUGACCAACACCGGAAUCGAUGAUGAGCGUGUACUUCGUCAAUUUAGCAUCGGCAACACCUUCUUCAAAGGGAGUUUAGAAGAGAAGAAGAGAUUUCCAUGCAACUUCGCGGAAGGCGAGUAUUUCGGCUACCGUGAAAAUUCGCGAUGGAUUGGUGACACAGGAGUGAAAGAGAAUAUCGAAAUGCUGAACAUCCACAAAGAUAUCCCUGCGUGGAAGGACGUCGGGAAGCAUCGCGUAACUGAAGAGAACUGGGAGGAGAUUCGUACAUUUCACCGUGAUCUCUGGGAAAAAGUCGCACGCAAGCUAUUCGUUUUGAUUUCGAUCAUGCUGGAGCUGCCGGAAAACUAUCUUGCCGAUGCGCACGCUUAUGACGAGACAUCGGACGACCAUCUUCGGUACAUGAUCUACAACGUACGAUCGCAAGAAGAAUGGGACAAGGCGCAAGCGUACUCCAAGGGCGGACAUACCGACUUUGGCAGUCUGACUUUACUUUUCUCGCAGCACGUAGCUGGUCUGCAAAUCCGCACUCCGGAGGGAGAAUGGAAAUACGUCAAGCCUGUGUCCGGCGGGAUUACCUGCAACGCUGCCGAUACCCUCACGUUUCUAACCAAUGGCUUCGUCAAAUCGACCAUUCACCGAGUAGUCACCCCGCCUUCAGAUCAGCUCAAGAUCCCACGCCUCGGUCUCCUCUACUUUAGCAGACCAGGCGAUAACACGCCCAUGCGAACUGUGCCUUCGCCAUUGCUUGAUCGUCUGGGUCUAAUCCCGGAGGAGCACAAAGAUACGAGCAAGCCCGUGCCUACGGGGACGGAGUACGUUAGAGCAAGAGUUAGGGACGUGCAUCAUAAGACUGUUUUAGACAAGCGAGAAGGGACCAAGUUCCAGUUCAAAGGGCUAUCGGUACAGAAUUACUACGAGUGAGACUAUAUCUGGGCAAAACCGCCAUCAAUAUAGCUCCAAAUAAAGAGUCUGAAUCACCCGGCAUACACAUCCUGCGUUCCAACGUCCACAGCAUGCCAGCCAAUUUCAAGCACAGAAAACGCCCGCGGAACCAGGAAAGACACCCCUACUUGAGUACAUCCUUCGCCGUCUUCUUCUAUUUCCGCUCUUAUCAAAGCCAC